AGUUGACAAGUUUGUUGUACAAGAAAGGUUAAUUCGCAUUUUGUUUGCAGUUUUUGAUUGAUAUUACUGUAAGUUUUUGCUAAAAAUGUCGAACAUCAACUUACAAUGUUUGCUGGGUAUACAAUGCAAUGAUUUUGUUAUGAUUGCUGCUGACCAAACCAACAGCCACAGUAUUAUGGUCAUGAAAGAUGAUGAGGAGAAGAUAUUUAAGAUUUCUGAUAGACUGGUGAUGGGUGUAAUUGGUGAUUCUGGGGACACCACUCAGUUCGCUGAAUAUAUUGCCAAGAAUAUUCAGCUGUACAAAAUGCGCAACGGCUACGAAUUGGGUCCGACGGCUGCAGCCAAUUUUACUCGCAGGAAUCUCGCUGAAUAUCUGCGGAGCAGCACUCCAUACUUUGUCAAUUUGCUGAUGGCUGGGUACGACAAGGAGAAUGGCCCAGAACUGUACUUUAUGGACUACUUAGCAUCGAGUGUGAAGGUUCCAUUUGCUUGCCAUGGCUUCGGCGGGUACCUUAGCUUGAGUAUUAUGGACCGUUAUCACAAGAAAGAUGCAACGGAGCAGGAAGCGUAUGAAAUACUGAAGAAAUGCAUUACAGAAGUCCACAAGAGACUGUUUGUUAGCCUGCCCAACUUCCAAGUAACAGUUGUCACCAGGGAUGGCAUCAAGACAUUGCCUGUUAUCAACUCUGCGUCACUAAAAUGAUUUUUUAUUUUUUAAGGUUAAAUAAACAACAAUUUCAUAAAUA